AUGCCAACUUCCGAUCCAAGCUCGAGAAGUAGAUCCGAAAGAUUCAAAGACGGUUGUGAACGUGCUGUCGCUAAAUACUUUCCUGGCUCAUCUUCAGGCCAGAACUACAGGAAGAGAUCGCCCUUUGAAUAUGCCCUAAAGCCAUACGCGCAGUUGAAUGAGAUCACUACCCUACAUUAUGGAGGUAUGGCAAAUUGGACUAAACCUGAACAGACCAUCACUCUCACUGCAGACUCCCCUGAUGACGUGAAUGAGAUCGAAUAUGUCCAAGUCACCUCGGAGUCUACCAAUGACACUAUCUGUCGACUAAAAAUGACUGAUGAGAAUGAUCCAAAGGGCAGUCAAUUGGGAGAAGCCGAUGUAAAGAUCAGUAUGAAAAGUGUCCUCAAAGUUGAUCCGGUCCAAUUCAUUCGACAAACGUCCGAGAAGGGUAAAAGGUGGUAUCGACCUCUUGGAACCUCUGAGCGGGAAUGGAACUAUAAAUUCGAAAAUAUGUCAGAACUGGAAAAGUCAUUGCCUGAGUUCAGAGGGAUGGUUCGAUCCUUCAAAUCAGGAUGCAACGAUUGGUUAGGUCAAGUCAAAAUCGAUCUUUCGAAUAGAGAGGAUAUCACAAGAGAAACAAAAUCUUUCUCAAUGACAGCCGUGAAAACGAUCGAUAGCACUGAUCCAAUUAAGCUUCAGUUUUCCGUUAAUGAACACACAACUGAUCGAACGAUACCUGUUGUUGGUCAAGAGGUCUUGACGGCAGAUUUCCAAGUGUCUAAUUGUCAAUGGAGAUGA